AUGAUACAAAACUUACAGGUUGAGGUAGCAACAAUUUCUCCUAAAGAUGAUAUCGAAAUUAUUAAAACCACCACUAAUACAAUAACUGCAACUAUUUCAUCAAAUAUCGAUGAAGAUAUAAAUAUAUUAUCAAAAAAAAUGGCAAAACGGGUUGUAACUUUUCAGCCUAGGUCUUCACAACUUGAUCGUGAAACUUUAGAAAUACAACAAGAUUCAUUUAGAGGAUUUUUCACUCUUUUCUGGAUUGGAAUGGCAUUUUAUAUUUUACAAACUGGUGCAAAGAAUUUUGUAUCAGCAGGAGUUUUAUUUAAUUUAUCAUUUUUUAGAUUAUUUUCUCAAGAUGCUUCCGGAUUAAUUUUAAGUGAUGCAUGUAUGAUAGGAUCAAUGUUUUUUGCGGUAUUUCUACAGAAAUUAAUUUCAAAAGAAUUAAUAAGAUGGAAAUAUGUCGGAAUGAUAAUUCAACAUAUUUAUCAAAUUUUGUUUCUAUUUGUUCCGAUUUAUUGGACAUUUUUGAAAAAUUGGCCAUGGGUACAAAGUGGAUUUUUUGUUUUACACACUAUCUCUAUGUUAAUGAAACUUCAUUCAUACUCCUUCUAUAAUGGAGAACUUUCAGAAUGGGCAUUACGUCUUAAAUCUCUGAAACGAGAUUAUUUUACAUUAAUUGGAGAAUCUAAAAAAUCCGAUGAAAUUGAAGGAUAUCUUAAUAGUCCAGCUGGAAAUAUUAGAUAUUCUGAUAACAUUACUAUUAUGAAUUUUAUCGAUUUUUUGCUUGUUCCAACUUUAGUGUAUGAAUUGGAGUAUCCUAGGACUGAUAAUACGACGUGGGAAGAAUUUGCCAGAAAAUGGAAUAAACCUGUUCAUCAUUUUCUCUUAAGACAUGUUUACCAUUUCUCUAUUGAAUCCUAUAAAUUAUCCAAACGUGAUGCAACAUUUAUGACAUUCUUUCUUUCUUCAUUAAUUCAUGAAUUAGUUAUGGUAGUUGUAUCAAAAAAGUUUCGUAUGUAUUUAUUCUGUUUUCAAAUGCUUCAAUUACCCCUAAUCGCUUUGAGUAAAUUACCAUUAAUGAAAGAUAAGAAAUGGUUUGGAAAUGGUUUCUUUUGGUUUGGAUUAUUCUUGGGCCCACCAAUUUUAGGCAUUUUAUAUUGUCGGGAAGUAUUUAUGCAGUGA